AUGAAUUCUGUUAGUCGUGUUGGUGCUGGUCUAUUGAAGUUUCUCUUUGCUGUUGAUCAUUAUGUUGAGAAAUUCAAUGAAAUCAAACCGAAAAAAGAUCGAUUAAAAUCAUUGGAAAAUGAAUUCGAAACAAAUCGAAACGAAUUGACAAAACUCGAGACGAGUAUCGACAAAUUGAGUGAAACUUUAGAAGAAUUUCGUCGACGUUUUGACGCCGCCAUCGAAGAAAAAAUUCGUUUUCAAAAUGAAAUUGAUGUAGCUGAACGACGUCAUCUUUCUGCUGCUCAACUUCUCGAUGGUUUUCAAAGUGAACGAAAAGGUUGGCAAAACGAUUUGUUGUCGAUUCGAACUCGUCAAGAUGAAUUGAUCGGUGAUUGUCUUUUGGCCUCCGCAUUUCUUUCCUAUUCGUCACCUUUUCCAUCGGAAAUUCGUCACGAAUUCCUCAAUGAACAUUGUCGAACAAAUUUAAAUGAAAAAGAAAUUCGUCACGAUGAAAAUUUUCGUCUCGAACAUUUCUUUUCGUCGAACAUCGAAAUUUCUGAAUGGAUUUCACAAACGUUACCAUCCGAUCGAAAUUCAAUUGAAAACGCCAUUUUAACAUUGAAAACACGUCGAUAUCCAUUUUGUCUCGAUCCUCAAGGUCAAAUGUCGAAGUGGAUCGAACAUCGAGAAGAAAAAUCGAAUUUGAAAAUUUUAUCAAUGAAAAAUCGAGAUUUUAUCAAACAACUCGAAUUAUCGAUGAAAUACGGGUGAGAAAAAUCCAAGGUGAACGAUUGAAACUUUGUCUUUUCAGUUAUCCCGUUUUGUUCAAAGAUUGUGACGAAUUUCUCGAUCCGAUUCUUUUGGAAAUUUUAUCGAAA